AUGGUUUUCCUGACCUUAACCAACCCCCCCAGCUGGAGCAUGUGCACUGCUCUUUAUAUCUUCAUCUUGUUGCUCCCAGAAGCCAAAGUAGACACCUUGAAUGCUUCCACUCCAAGAGAUGGUGGAGGUUCUCAAUGUGGGGAGUACACAAACCAGCUGAUGGAGGAUGGCAUGUGUCGGUUGGUGGCCACUCUGCCUCAACAGGAUGAGCGGAGAUGCCCAGACAUGUUUCGCUGCACUGAAGAGGUUUCCUACUGGCUGCAUGAGAAUGAGGAGAGGAAGCAGCAGAUUGUGACACUGAAAGAGACCAUCUCUGAGCUGCAGGAAGAACUGAGGAACCACCGGCACCGCAUCAAAGUCCUCGAGCUGCAGAGUGAAGAGAAGAUCCACCUGAAUAUCUCUCUGGAGCAGCGUUUCCAUGAGCUGGAGGUCCACUACACUGAAGCAACCUCCCUGUUGCAUCUCCAAGGGACCCUGAUCCUGGACCUGCAGAACCAACUGCACAAUCUGACACUUUUAGUGGAGAAUGUGAAAAGAAGUCCGGGCUGUUCAAUCAAUAUUGUCCGUCCCAAUCCUCUUCUAAACACUCAAGAAGCCCUGCACCCAGAAAUCCAGCAUGUUGGGAACUGUCCCAUUGACUGUGCUUCCAUCUACUAUAAUGGAGUGAGGAGGUCAGGUCUCUACACUGUGGUGCCAUCACUGGCUGGCAUGCCUGUGGAAGUUUAUUGUGACAUGGACACAGACGGUGGUGGAUGGACUGUGAUCCAGAGGAGAGUAGACGGCUCAGUGAGCUUUGACCGCAGCUGGAGGGAUUACAGGGAUGGAUUUGGUGACCUGCACUCAGAGUUCUGGCUGGGCAACAACCACAUACAUGACCUUAGUACCCAGGGAGACUACAGCCUCCGAAUUGACCUGGAGGACUGGAGUAUCCAGCACAAACAUGCCCUCUACCAGAGCUUCAGUGUAGAGGAUGAAGCGCAUCAGUACCGCCUCCAUGUGUCAGGCUUCAGUGGUACAGUGCAGGACUCCUUCAGCUGGUACCAUGACAAGCAGAGCUUCAGCACACCAGACAGUGGCAACAUCUGUGCUGAGAUCUCACAUGGUGGCUGGUGGUACAACCAGUGUUUCUAUGCCAACCUUAAUGGAGUUUACUACAGGGGAGGCCAUUACACCCCAAAAGGCCGGGGCCCGCUGGGUCCCGAUGGGAUUGUUUGGUACUCUUGGAAAGACUCCGAUUAUUACUCCCUGCGCAAAGUCAGUAUGAUGAUCCGUCCGCACAGUUUCCAAACACGUUUGUCGCCCUAAACUACUGUCACCAUGACAGCAGUGUGGACACAGGAACUGACGUCCCUCACAGUAGUGAGGAUGAGACUAUAUGUGACAUGAGCAUUACAGUGCUGAUGAUCAGCAGCAAUCGUUUUGUCUUUGCAUGAAAAUGGCACCUUUUUGUUGAUUUUCUUUGCAGUUUUUUUUCUUCACUCAGUUGUGGGAAGCAAAUACUUUGUUUUAUACUCAACUUUUGUACAUUAGUUUGAUACUAUUUGACUUUUUGCGACAAAGCCAAGAUAAUACACUUUCAAGAAGUGCUGACAGUGAUGUGGAUUGCUGUCUGCAAGCUACUAGGUUGCUAGAAGCCAAAAGGUUGCUGUUUCUGUAAAGCAAGAAUGAAUGCAAGCUCAAGUGUUUAUGCAUGAUUAUUAUAAUUUUGCUCAUUUAAUUUAUUUUCAAGCCUAUCCAGCAUUUAAAGGAGUGUAAAAAGUAAUAAAAAAAAAAGUAUUUUGA